GAUUAGAGAGCAGGGGUCCUUUAGAAAGAGAGGCAAGUUAGUGGGUUCCAGUAAUAAUCAUGACUAGAGGGAAUGAAAGGCUGAUUUAUCACAGUGGCUGUGGCCAUGGAAAGGAAGACAUUGCUGGGAGAAACAACACAAGUAAAGCUGAUUGGAUUCUCAGGGUGAAAGAGAUGGGGGAAUUGAAGAUGACUUUGAGGUUUCAAGUCUGGGUGACUGAGAGGGUGAUGAUACCAUUAACUGAGAUAUGGAACACAGGAAGAGAAGCAGAUGCGGGGGAAGAUGAAGAGUUUAAAGCUAGUAUUGUUGUUCCUUUAUUUGCAGAAUCUACCUCUAAGUCAGACCUCCACACCAGUCUCAACAGGGACGCUGCUCCCACAACAGCUAAAGAUUUCCUCCUGCUCUCUACACCCCCUGGGACUCUCAACGUUUCCACUCUACCCCUCCCAAAGGUUCAGUGUUUUGUGUUCAAUGUCGAGUACAUGAAUUGCACUUGGAACAGCAGCUCUGAGCUCCAGCCCACCAACCUGACUCUGCACUACUGGUACAAGACCUCUAAUGAUGAUAAAGUCCAGGAGUGUGGCCACUAUCUAUUCUCUGAAGGGAUCACUUCUGGCUGUUGGUUUGGAAAAGAGGAGAUCCGCCUCUACCAAACAUUUGUUGUCCAGCUCCAGGACCCACGGGAACCCAGGAGGCAGGACCCACAGACGCUAAAACUGCAGGAUCUGGUGAUCCCCUGGGCGCCGGCGAAUCUGACCCUUCGCACCCUGAGUGAAUCCCAGCUAGAACUCAGCUGGAGCAACCGAUACUUGGACCAUUGUUUGGAGCACCUCGUGCAAUACCGGAGUGACCGGGACCGCAGCUGGACUGAACAAUCAGUGGAUCACAGACAAAGCUUCUCUCUGCCUAGUGUGGAUGCGCAGAAGCUCUACACAUUCCGUGUUCGGAGCCGCUAUAACCCACUCUGUGGAAGUGCUCAGCGUUGGAGCGACUGGAGCCACCCGAUCCACUGGGGCAACACUUCAAAGGAGAAUCCUCUGCUGUUUGCAUUGGAAGCUGUGCUUAUCCCGCUUGGCUCCAUGGGACUGAUUGUCGGCCUCAUGUGUGUGUAUUGCUGGCUGGAACGGACCAUGCCCCGAAUUCCUACCCUCAAGAACCUAGAGGAUCUGGUUACUGAAUAUCAUGGGAACUUUUCGGCCUGGAGUGGUGUGUCUAAGGGAUUGGCCGAGAGUCUGCAGCCAGACUACAGUGAACGGCUCUGCCACGUCAGCGAGAUUUCCCCAAAAGGAGGAGCUCUUGGGGAAGGGCCUGGGGGCUCCCCCUGCAGUCAGCAUAGCCCCUACUGGGCUCCCCCAUGUUACACCCUGAAACCUGAAACCUGAGCCCUGAAACUCUGACAGAAGAACCCCAGGGUCCUGUAACCCUCAAAUGGUACUAACUUGCCCUCAUCCAACCAACCUGGGUCCAAUGUUCACUUCGCCCCACUGCGGCUAAUUUUGAAUUUUGUGCCCCCAUAACUGCCCCCUCAUUCAAUAUGUCCCACUCGAGAAUUGCCCCUAUGCCCUGUACAUGUUUCUCAUCUCCCCCAAUCCAGCCCUUCCUCCUCACAGCAUUGCUUUCACGCAUGCAUCCCUCCUUCCCUCUUUCCAUCUACCCUUCAAUUUUUCCCCAAAAUAAUGAGAAAUAAAAUUUCUGUUGAUAAUCA